AUGCCCACCAUUUCUUCUCAUGACGAAGACUUCAUGGGAAGUAUUUGUAAUAAUCUUGAAGAUCUAGGAAGAGGAGAAGGAGGAGGAGGAUCCCUGCAAAUUGAUGAAAUGCGUCACUUUCCAGGCUUAUUGUCUCCUGCCCCAGCCAGUUUGCCGCCUAUCCCACGUGGGUUUUUCUCUCAUUAG